ACAAAAAAUAAUGGACGUGUUUUUGUUGUCUAUGUUCUGUUCCUUUGCGCUGCGCCUCGUAAAAACUGGCAGACAAAAUACAAUUGCGGGUGAAAGCUUUUGAGAGACAGAUUCUUCUUCGUCACAGGUUGCUGAAUUGAAGAAUUAUCAAAGUCUAUCAGCUGCUCUUGAUAUGUGUAGAACUUGUUGGAUUGUGUUAAAAGUCUGAAAUACCAUAUUAAUACAUUCUCCAGUUACCGGCGAGCCCUUGGGUAUCUGUUUGGACAAAGUAAUGGCUCUUCCUGGUUCCCUGCAGUUGUCCCAUGGAUUGGGACUUUGCAGGAACUUGGGCUGCAAUAAACAUUCGAGGGCAACGGGACAUGGCAAGUUACAUUUAUUUAGGGCAGGUCUUUCAUAUUCUAUUUCGUUCAUGAGACAGGAAUGUGGGGGUUUUCAAUACCUUCGUUAUAUAAACAAGCCAACACAUACAUUAUCAUGCAAGGGCCGAUCUUUUAAGUGUCAUUGUCUUUUAGUGCCAGGUCAACCAAAUGAUCUUCCUGCUGUUAAGGCAGCUGCUACCGUGUUGGCUAGGUCUAGUAAUUUGUUACAAAAUAAUCCUAUCAUAGUGAAGUUGAUUCCUGCAAUUGGCGUUAUCAUUUUUGCAAUAUGGGGUGUUGGUCCAUUAUUGUUCCAGACAAGGAAAAUACUCUUCCAGAGGAGUGAUAAUAGUUGGAAGAAAAGUACCACUCACUAUAUAGUAACUUCUUACCUUCGGCCAUUACUGUUAUGGACUGGAGCAAUACUUAUUUGCAGAGCAUUGGAGCCAUUAAUUCUACCUUCAGAACCUGGUCAGGUUGUUAAGGACCGGCUUCUGAAUUUUGUGAGAUCAUUGUCAACGGUUCUGGCCUUUGCCUAUUGUUUGUCAAGUGUAAUUCAACAAUCACAGAAAUUCUUUGCGGAGGCUACUGAUGCAAGUGAGACGAGAAAUAUGGGAUUCCAAUUUGCUGGCAAAGCUGUUUAUUCUGCAGUAUGGAUAGCAGCCUUUUCAUUGUUCAUGGAAUUAUUAGGCUUCUCUACCCAGAAAUGGGUUACUGCAGGAGGUCUUGGGACAGUUUUGCUGACCCUUGCUGGUCGUGAGAUAUUUACAAACUUCCUUUCAAGUGUGAUGAUUCAUGCAACUCGGCCUUUUGUGGUUAAUGAAUGGAUUCAAACAAAGAUUGAAGGAUAUGAGGUUUCUGGUACUGUCGAGCAUGUUGGCUGGUGGUCACCAACAAUUAUUAGAGGUGAAGAUCGUGAAGCUGUUCACAUUCCAAACCACAAAUUUACAGUGAAUGUUGUGCGGAACCUUAGUCAAAAAACACAUUGGCGAAUCAAAACUCAUCUAGCCAUUAGUCAUUUGGAUGUAAACAAGAUUAAUAACAUUGUUGCUGACAUGCGGAAGGUAUUGGCCAAAAAUCCUCAAGUUGAGCAGCAGAGACUGCACAGGAGAGUGUUUUUGGACAACAUAAAUCCUGAAAAUCAGGCUCUUUUGAUUCUGAUAUCUUGUUUUGUUAAGACCUCACAUUUUGAAGAAUAUCUUUGUGUUAAGGAAGCAAUACUGCUGGAUCUUCUUAGAGUUAUAGGCCAUCACCGAGCCAGACUUGCGACACCGGUUCGUACCCUGCAGAAAGUAUACAGUGAUGCUGACUUGGAUAAUAUACCGUUUGCAGAUUCCACAUUUGGUGGAGGUCCGGUCACAGUACCUAACCGCCCAUUAUUAGUGAUUGAACCAUCUUACAAAAUCAAUGGAGACGAUAAGAUGAAAAGUCGAUCUGCACGACCAGUUGUUGAUCAAGAUAAUAAGACAUCGAACUCUGAUGCAAAUGGAAACUCCAAGACACCUGUGACAUCUAAUUCUGACACAAAUGGGAAAACAGUUGUGACACCCAAACCCGACCCAGAAGUGGGUGAGAACAAGCCACUGAAAUUAGAUUCAAACAAGGAAAACGUGGAGGUUCCAGAAUCUUCUUCUAAAUCUAAAGUAUCUGGUUCGGUAGUAGAAAAUUCAGCCCAGAAGGACAUAGAUUCCAAGCAAUCCAAGGGUCAGACCACUAAAAACAUAAAGCCAAAUAUUGAGUCUGAGAAUGUAGUGCCCUCCUCAUCUAACAGUGCUGACAAAACUGGUGGACUUAAUGUUAAUAUAGCAUCAAAACCGCAAGGGGAAAAGAAACCUGCUGCACAGCCUCAAGCAUCCAGGACUGUUCUUGAAGAAAAUAUAGUACUAGGUGUUGCGUUGGAAGGAUCAAAGAGGACCCUUCCCAUUGAUGAGGAGAUUGACAAUAUUGACAAUGUAACAUCUCGAGAGGCAAAGGAAAUGGCUGCAUUGCAGGGUGGAAAUGGACCUCCAAAGGCUCUAGAUGGAAAUGACUAGUUGCUGUAACAAGUCAUCUGGUGUGCUAGAAAUCAACUCAUCUUUGAUGGAAUUUCUGAAAGUGCUGUUGGAUUGCAUUUCAUGUGCCUAUGAUAAGGAUUCCAGGUGCUAGUGGGAAUACUAUACAGAUAUCUUAGAUAAACCAACCCUUAACUUUUGUGGUUUUAAAGGUGAAUUUAAUUAGAGAUUAUCAGAGAAAUUUCAUAGAAGGUCUAAUAUGCUUUAUGGCUGAAAUCCGUGCUCUGUGCCAUGGUCUCAGGCACAGUGGAAUAAUGGCUUUAAUCAGAUAGUGUGUGUGCUAUUCUGACUCAUUUGCCAAAUUGGGGGCAGCAUCUACCAGUAGUUUUUUAUUUUCUUCCA